AUGUCUACCGAAUUUACUAAUUUAACGACUGUUAGCUGUCAAAGAUUUAAAUGUUCAGGUCGUGGUCUUAUAUUACCGUUUGCUAUUGAAGCAUGCAUGUCAAUAUCAUUAAGAGCCGUGUUGUACUUUAUAUUUUUACUUUAUCUUUUUCUUGGUAUUGCUAUUAUUGCUGAUAUAUUUAUGUCGGCAAUUCAAACAAUAACAGAAAAAAAGCAAAAAAUACGUUAUCCAAAUCCAGAAAAACCAAAAGAAUAUUUAGCUGUUCAAGUUCCAAUAUGGAAUGCUACAGUUGCUAAUUUAACAUUAAUGGCACUUGGUUCAAGUUCACCAGAAAUUCUUUUAUCAAUUAUUGAAAUAGUUGGAAAUCGUUUUGAAGCAGGAGAACUUGGACCUGGAACUAUUGUUGGUUCUGCUGCUUACAAUCUUUUGAUGAUCUGUGCUUUAUGUAUUGUAUCGAUCAAAUCUCCUGACACAAGAAGAAUACAGUUGUAUAAGGUCACAUCAUUUUUUGGGUUUUUUGCAUACAUAUGGCUAUUCAUUGUUUUAUCAGUCAUAUCAAAAGAUGUUGUUGAUCUUUGGGAAGCUGUCAUUACAUUUCUGCUGUUUCCAGUAGUUGUUUUAUUAGCUUAUAUGGCUGAAAAGAAUUUUUUUGCUUCAAAAGAAAUUGACAUGGGAGAAGAAGAACGAAAACUUAUAUUAAAACCAUCCGAAGUAGAUCCAGCUGGUAAUGUACGUAUGUUUCGUCGAGAAGAACUUCUUCAAUUUUUACGUGAUCUUGGUCAAGCAAAAGAUUUAACAUUAGAAGAAAAAGCACAAUUAUUUGCAACUAAAUUAAGUGAAAAUAUGCCUCGAUCACGUAUGCAAUAUCGAAUACAAGGUGUACGAAUGCUUACUGGUAGUAAAUCUUUAUUUCCCAAUUUAUCUGGCAAACUUCAAGAGGUUUAACCUGGUGAUAUUGAAUUUGAAGAAGUAAUUACUUUAGUUAAAGAAAGUGUUGGAAACGCAGAAAUAAAAGUUGUACGUGUUAAUGGUGCCGAUGGACGCGUUACUGUUCAUUAUCGAACAGAAGAUAUUGAUGCUACAGGCAAAAAAGAUUACGAACAUGUUGUCGACAAGGAAUUAGUAUUUGAACAUGGUGAAAUAUCAAAAGUAAUAGCUAUAUCAAUUAUAGAUGAUUUUGAAGCUGAAAAAGAUGAAAGUUUUGCUGUUGAAUUAUUUGAUCCAAAAGGUGGUGCAAAAUUAGGAAAACAUUCAAAAACAGUUGUAACAAUCAUAAAUGAUGAUGAUUAUAAAUCAAUGGCAAAUAAAUUGGCAUCACUUGUUCAAAUUGAUCUUGAUCAAUUAAGUGUAACAAAAACAACAUGGGGACAACAAUUUCGUGAAGCUAUGAAUGUAAAUGGUGGUGACAUAGGAACAGCAACAUUUGGUAGUUAUGUUGGUCAUGCAAUAUCAUUUUUUUGGAAAGUUCUCUUUGCACUUGUACCACCAACAUCAAUAGCUGGUGGUUGGUUAACAUUUAUUUUUUCACUUAUUUUCAUUGCUAUACUUACGGCUAUUGUUGGUGAUGUUGCUGCUAUAUUUGGUUGUCUUGUUGGAUUAAAAGAUAGUAUAACAGCUAUAUCAUUUGUUGCACUUGGUACAUCAUUACCUGAUACAUUUGCAUCAAUGUUUGCAGCAAAAAACUCUAAAACAGCUGAUGAUGCUAUUGGAAAUGUUACAGGUUCAAAUAGUGUUAAUGUAUUUCUUGGUCUUGGUCUACCUUGGCUUGUUGCUGCUAUUUAUUGGGAAUCAAAAAAUCUGCCAUUUACGGUUAAAGCAGGUGAUUUAUCAUUCAGUGUAUUCGUAUUUUCUAUUUGUUGUAUUCUUUGUAUGACUGUACUUAUACUUCGUCGAUAUUUGGGUGUUUUUGGUAAAGCAGAAUUAGGUGGACCAGCAAUACCUAAAUAUCUAUGUGCGAUCUUUUUCGUAGUUCUUUGGAUUGGUUAUUUGACAUUAUCAGGUCUUCAAGCAUAUGGACAUAUUAAAUGGCAAUAA